AUGGCUCCAUGGCUCGUGGGGCAAAUUGAGGUCUACAUGUUGAUAGUAUCAUUAUGUGCAGGGGCUUCGACUUCGGCCACGACGCCCCCGAAUUCCACAUUGGCCGAGUUCGAGCAGUGGAUGGCCCGCCACGGACGGAUUUAUGCGGAUAAUCGCGAGAAGGUGAAGCGGUACGAGAUCUUUCUGGAGACUUUGCGCUUCAUCGAAGACUUCAACUACAAAGCGGCUAAUCGGAGCUACAGAGUGGGUCUGAACCAAUUUUCAGAUUUGACCACGGAUGAGUUCGUCGCGAGAUACACCGGGUUCCGAGCGGAGUCUAAUAGCUCAAAUUCAUCUGCGACUGCUACUUUCAAGUACCAAGGUUCGACUCAUGUCCCGUCUAGCGUAAAUUGGGUGGAUCGAGGAGUUGUGAACAGGAUAAAAUACCAGGGCGCAUGCGAAUCUUGCUGGGCAUUCUCAGCAGCUGCAGCUGUGGAAUCGAUCACAGCAAUAAAAACCGGUGUACUACUCAGCUUGUCCGAGCAACAGCUUAUUGACUGUGCCACAAACGGGGGAAACCAUGGAUGCGAAGGCGGUCGGGAGGACGAUGCCUAUAAUUACAUUGUCCAAAACAAAGGCAUAAGCUCUGAAGACACUUACCCCUACAUAGGCGCUGAUAACGCUUGCAACACACAAGCCGCCUCCUUUGCUGCAGCGCAAAUAUCAGGGCAUGAAGACAUCCCUGUGAGCGAAGACGAGAUAUUGAAGGCCGUGGCAAUGCAACCGGUUUCAGUUGCCCUCGACUCGAGCAGUGCCGGAUUCCAGCAUUACGUUGGGGGCAUCUUCGAGGGCCCUUGUGGGGUGAACUUGAACCAUGCGGCCGUGAUAGUCGGAUACGGGACAACCCCGGAUGGUGUCGACUAUUGGCUGCUCAGGAACUCGUGGGACGUGACGUGGGGCGAGGAAGGAUACAUGAGAAUUCUGCGGAACUCGGGCAUCCCAGGCGGUCUCUGUGGACUCGCUAUGCAAGCUUCUUAUCCAGUUGCAUGA